AUGGCGUCUCUCUACCGAGGCCUGCUGCUGCUACUCAUGGCGCUUCUCCCAUCCGCCCAUGGAGCAGCAGCCAGGGCUAGAAGCAAAAUCUCCGCCGCCUUCAUGUUCGGCGAUUCGACCGUCGACCCCGGCAACAACAACGACCGGCUGACGGAGGCCAAGGCCAACUUCCCGCCGUACGGGCAGGACUUCCCCGGCGGGGUGGCUACCGGGAGGUUCUCCAACGGGAAGGUUCCCGGAGACAUGCUAGUUUCUAGGCUGGGAAUUAAGGAACUAUUGCCACCCUACCUCAGAAAUGAUCUUCCACUAAGUGAGCUACUCACGGGUGUUGUCUUUGCUUCUGGUGGCAGUGGAUACGAUCCUCUAACUUCGAUACCCUCGAUAACAAAAUAUGUCACAUGCAUCUCACAACAUAGUUCUCGUCAAACUGCUACAUCGAGUACUGGGCAACUUGAACUAUUCCUUGAAUAUAAGGAGCGACUAAGAGCUUUGGUCGGAGAAGAGGAGAUGACACGUGUAAUCUCCAAAGGCAUAUACUUCACAGUCAUGGGGGCAAAUGACCUUGCAAAUAACUAUUUUACAAUUCCUUUGAGGCGCCAUCAAUAUGACCUUCCUUCGUACGUGAAAUUUCUUGUCUCUUCUGCUGUCAACUUUACUACGAAAUUAAAUGAGAUGGGUGCAAAGAAGAUUGCAAUCAUCGGCAUUGCACCAAUUGGAUGUUGUCCCUCGCAAAGAGCACUUGGAUCAAGAGAAUGUGAGCCCAUGAGGAAUCAAGCAGCAAAUCUAUUUAAUUCUGAAAUAGAAAAGGAAAUACAACGGCUAGAUGCAGAACAAAAUGUUCGAGGCUCAAAGUUUAUUUAUCUUGAUAUAUACUACAAUCUGCUUGAUCUCAUUCAGCGACCUGGUUUUUAUGGUUUCAAGGAGGUAACCGAAGGAUGUUGUGGUAGCACAGUGCUAAAUGCAGCAAUAUUCAUUAAAAAUCACCCUGCCUGCCCGAAUGCUUAUGAUUUCAUUUUCUGGGACAUCUUUCAUCCUACCGAAAAGGCCUACAACAUUGUGGUUGAUAAAUUGUUUCAGCAAACUAUGCAGUACCUGAUGUGA